UCAUCAAGACGUGAAAUUUGAUACGUGAAAUUUAAAUUUUUGAUAUUUUAUAAAUUUGUAACAAUGAAGGUGAUAUAUGUAACUUUGUUAGUUGCUGUUGUUGCGAUUAUCAUGAUCUCUGAUACUACGGCCGAAGAAAAAAAAGUUAGCGAAGAAAAGAAACAGACUGGGGAAGAAGUGAAACGUAUUUGGGAAGAAAUAGAACGUGGUCUAGAAAAAAAGGUAGACGAAUGGCUCAAACGUAACCUUAGGCCUAGUACUAUACGCAGACUUGAGACACUGGGACUGUGGGUUCUAGAUGAGAUUCUUAUAACUUUGUCAAAUAUAGUCUUCAAUGUUGGUUGGGAAGAGACAUACGACUAUCUAUUUGGAAAUUACGGAAUGACGAAUAUACCAUAUUUCCCAUUAGGUGUCACAAUAUAAUAUAUAUAAUCUCAUUUUAUGAUACACAAUAAUCAGCAGAUUUUUCAACUAAAAUACAAGUAUUCUAUAUGAUAUAUCAUUUGUGUGUGUGAUAUCAUGAAGAAUUACACAAAACAAUAUCUCCGUUAAAAUUAUAUAAAAUAAUAAUUAUAUAAAAUUAUAUAAUUAAUAAUUAUCGUUCUAUUAUCGUAAAACGAAAUAUCUUGUACUAAUAAAUAUCAAUGUACAUGUA